CCAGCCCCUCGUGGGAAACAAUCCCUGGCCUCCAGGUCCACGGGCGAGGGAGCUGCGGGUGAGCCCCGGAGGGUGGGGGCAAGGGCCGAGCGGGCUCCGCGCGGCUGGGAGAACCGGCCGAGGCAGCGGUGUCGGGUGGUGGGUUGGAGCCCCGCGAACACUGCGAGACCGCGGGAGUCUACAGCAUCUGCAGAACUGAAGGGACGGCAGGCGAGGGCGCUUCUGCCUUAAGGGGCCAGAGUUCCGUGUGAGAACGUGGCCUCUCAGGCUCACUCGGUCUGCAGGUGUUCCGCCCCUCAGCGGAGCGGGAGGCGCUGUCCUGUGGCCGCGGGUGGGAGUGCGCGUGCGUGAAGUGUGCGCUGGGCCCACGGGGUUGGGGGGCGGGUAGGAGGUGCGGGGAAGAGCGAUUGCGCCUGUGCGACUUGUUUUUGCGCACUUCACGUAGUGACGUAUGCGUCUCUCCUGCGCCGGGCUUACGGGGAGCCGGGAGGCUGUAGGAGACCAUUGUCUCCCGCAGGGCCCAGAAAUAAAUGAAUUUCCUGGACCAAAUUGCCGCCUAGAGACUUAGUUUUCUUAUCUGUAAAAUGCAGACCUCUAGAGUGCUUGCCUCUUUGGGUUGUUUUGAGCGCCCACGUUUUGUCAGCUGCUGUUGCGUUUGUUCUGUAUAGGCAGCUGGAGCUUGGACCCCUCAGUUAAGUCGUUUGUGAAAUGGAUUGGAAGGGUCUGGAUCACCUAGCCACCAAAGCCUUUUCUUGGCUCUGUUAACAUUACUCGGAUCCUAAGUUUUUAUUUGUUAUAUCUUUAUUUGUUAUUUGUUGUAUAUAAUCAUGACACGGUGUCCUGAAGCCAUCGAAGGCUGUGUGAUGGUGGAAGGUCUGGGACAAAUUUAAGAAGAGAGAGGGAUCGAACCCCGGUCUCCAGCAUUCUUUACGGACUGAGCCACCAGGGAAGCCCGGGAAUAAAUCAGUAAGAAGCAAAUGUUUACAUUCACUCAGUGACAAGUAUAAGGUCUAAGGUCAACAUAAAUGGGAGCCACACAUGAGCAGGAGCAAGUGUCAUUCAAAGAUGUUUGUGUGGACUUCACCCAGGAAGAGUGGUACCUGCUGGAUCCUGCUCAGAAAAUAUUAUACAGAGACGUGAUCCUAGAAAAUUAUAGCCACCUUGUCUCAGUAGGGAAUUGCACUACUAAGCCUGAAGUGGUCUUCAAGAUUGAGCAAGGAGAAGAGCCUUGGAUACUAGAGGAAAGAUGCCCAAAACAGUGCCGCUCAGAAGACUGGAAAGUUGAUGACCUAAUAGAGAGCACCCAGGAAAAUCAAGAUGAACAUUUUUGGCAACUUGCUUUCACCAGCAACAAAAUAUUAAGUACAGAUAGUGGUGACAGAGUAAGGAAAACUUUAAAUCUAGGUACAGACUCCAUUCCUUCAAGCAAUUUUCUAUAUAAAAUAUGUGACUCAUGUGAAUUGAGUUUGAAAAAUAUUUCAGGCUUAAUUAUUAACAGAAAGAACUAUUCUAGAAAGAAGCCUGAUGAGUUUAAUGUAUAUGAGAAAUUGCUCCUUGAUAUUGGACAUGACAAAACUCCUCCUGGAGGGAAAUCUUAUAAAUAUAAUCAACAAAAGAAUGUCCUCAAUCAUGGACAGGAUCUCACUCAGUCCAUUUUUGACCAGCCUUUUGAGUAUAAUGAAAAUAGAAGAGGCAACCAUGAAGAGGCAACCUUUUUCACAAAUAAGAAAGUUCAGAUAGGAGAGGCACAUUGUAAAUAUAAUGAAUGUGGAAGAACCUUCAUCCAAAGUUUGAAGCUCAAUUUAUCUCAGAGAACUCAUUUUGAAAUGGAACCAUGUGAAUGCAGCAUUUGUGGUAAGUCCUUCUAUAUGGAUUUAAGAUUGGGACAUCAGAGAGCUCUUACGGGAGACAAUCCUUAUGAAUAUAAUGAAUAUGGGCAAAUUUUCUGUGACAAUUCAACUUUCGUUAUCCAUCAGGGAACUUACACAAGAAAGAUUCCCCAGGAAUAUAAAGUCAGUCACAAAACAUGGGAAAAGUCAGCUCUCUUUAAACAUCAGAUAGUAAACAUGGGAGAAAAACCUUAUGAGCACAAUGAAAACGGAAAUACUUCCAACAAGAAGUCACAUCUCACCCAACUUCGAAGAGCUCACUCAGGAGAAAAAACCUUUGAGUGUGGUGAAUGUGGGAAGACAUUCUGGGAGAAGUCAAACCUCACUCAGCAUCAGAGAACACACACAGGAGAGAAACCCUAUGAAUGUACUGAAUGUGGGAAAUCCUUUUGUCAGAAACCACAUCUUACCAACCAUCAGCGAACACAUACAGGAGAAAAACCCUAUGAGUGUAAGCAGUGUGGGAAAACAUUCUGUGUGAAGUCAAACCUCACCGAACAUCAGAGAACACACACAGGGGAGAAACCCUAUGAAUGUAAUGCAUGUGGAAAAUCCUUCUGCCACAGGUCAGCCCUAACUGUUCAUCAGAGAACACACACAGGAGAGAAACCCUUUAUAUGUAAUGAAUGUGGAAAAUCCUUCUGUGUGAAAUCAAACCUCAUUGUACAUCAAAGAACUCACACAGGAGAGAAACCAUACAAAUGUAAUGAAUGUGGGAAAACGUUCUGUGAGAAAUCAGCUCUCACUAAACAUCAGAGGACUCACACAGGGGAGAAACCCUAUGAGUGUAAUGGAUGUGGGAAAACCUUUAGUCAGAGGUCAGUACUCACUAAACAUCAGAGAAUUCACACAAGGGUGAAAGCUCUUUCAGCAUCCUGAACAUUCAGAAGGCUUCAUCCACUCUUUGAAAUUUGUUAUACAGGUUUUUAAAAUGAGAUGAAUGGAACCCAAAGAAUAUCACAAAUUCCUUUAGAGAGUGAGAUUUUGUUGUAGUUCAGAUAAUUAGUACUAGAAUAAAACCUUAUUCGUGCUUUGAAUAUGUAAAAGCUUUCCAAAAAAAGUAAAACUUUUCAUCAGAAAAUUUAUAUUGAAGGGAAAUUCAUUUACAUAAUAUGGUGGAAAAAAACACCUUUGUCUAGAAUUUAUGUUGUGUAGUGCCAUAUUCUGGAUGUGAUACAAAAAUUUUAUUGUUAAUAUAAUGGGUGAUACUCAUUUGCAGUCAUAUUCACAUUGGAAUCUGAAGUUUAAAGAAGUUAAAUGACAAGAGCAUUAAACAUUUAUGUGAAGAGUCCUUAAUGUUUGGAGGCCUUUUGUGGGUAUGAUAAUAUCAUAGAAAUUUGAGGUAUUCUUGAUUUGUAUAUUAGAGCCUAACAUGCUUAUGAAGAGAAAAUCUAAACCCUUCAUUAACUGUUAAUAGUCUGUAUUAGCAUUUCCCCCACUAGAUACCAUCAAUGUCUUAGGUUGUAAUAGUUAUGUGUAUAUAUAUAUAUAUAUAAAUGUAUUUAUACAUGCUUACCAAUACACAGUGAUGUGCUACAGUAAGCUUAUACUAACUUGCAAGCACUGCUGAUAAAUUUUCAGGAAUUUUAUGAGCCAGUUGUUAAACACAGUCAUUAUUUUAAAAUUAAAAUAUUAAUUUACAGUUAAAUAACAUUAAAAAAACAAAGGUAAUACAUACUCAACACUCAUUAUUUCCUAAAUAUUUCACAGUGUUUUGCUAUUAUCUUUGUUCUUAGGUUAUCUGUAUUGUUAAAUCAGCAUGGUGAAUACUAUAUAAUGAUGUAGUACUAUACAUCUGUGACCAGCACUAUACAUCAGUGCCAUCGUGUUGGUAGUGUGGCAUUAGUGGGAGUAUUUACACCAUGAUAAUUGACAAACUCUACAAAUUAGGAUUUUUGUUUUCUCAGAGGAUCUGCUGUCAAAUAUUUACAGUGGUACAUCACUGUGUAUAUAUGAAAAUACGUUUGGCAAAUUUAAAAUACUAGCCACAUACCCCUUCUCCCAUUUCCAUAGAUAAAUGGCUGUGUCCAUUACUGCUGAAUGGCCUCUUCAAAAAAGAAGCCAAAAUAUGUUUUUUGUGAGGUUUUUAACUACCUAUGCAUCAAUCCUAUUUUCAGUAUUAUCAGAGACUCUCUGUAAUGUGGCCAGUAUAUGCUCUUUUACUACCUAUUGCUUACUUUUCUUCUGACUUUGCUGGCAUAUGCGAAUGAGUAUGGCCAUUAUUACUGAGCUUCCACUUCCAUAAAAAGGCCAAACAAUAUUUUCCUGAGGUUAUUCAGCUGCCUUGGGUCAGUCAAUAAUGUGAAUGCUAUUAGUAACAAUGAUAAUUGCAUAAAUUUUGCAAAGGUUAACAUCAGUUAUGAACAGUAAUGCUCACAGUAUUCAGCAAAUAAAAAGUAGUGUUGUAUAAUGAAAUGCUUCUGUCCUAUUCUUGGUGCUUUAUUGCUGUAUCUAUUUGGGCGUGAUGUGUGUAACCCAAGUUGUAUGUAACUCAGGAAUUAUGUAUUUGUAUUUAAUUUAAUAGAAGGUAAUAUACUAUCUCUCUCUCCUUUGUCCUACUGUUUUCUUUGCUUCUUUGGAAAACACUGAUAAGCAGUUCCAAGAAACGCUGCCCACCAAAUAGCCAUUCCCUACUUCCUCCUUGUUGGGCCACGUUUUGUCUUUUUGUCCAUCCUUUUCCCAGGUGAUUUAGGGGUAAAUCCACAUUAGUCUAAGCUAAUCAUGAAUAUUCUGUUCUAGUGAUUUUGUUGGGAUGGACAGGUGAAUAGUGAGAUAUUUGGAAAAUAUUCUUGGUGCUUUGGGGAAAGAACUCAGUGAUAAAAUAUUGUCAUGACAUGAGAAGAGAUUAUGUCUCUUCUGCUGGACUUUUUCAUGGCUGUAUGUUAUACUAGAUUAUAGUUGUGGCCUGGAUGGGCAAGAGCCUGAAGAGAACAGUACCCAAGAUGGGAAAAACCUGACUCAGAGGUGCGGUCACUGAAUUGCACAACCCUUUCUGGACCUGCUAUCUACUAGGAGUUUGUAUUACUGGGGCAAAAGAGGCUUCUUGUUUAUUCUUGGAGAUGUCUGUUAUUUAGCACUGAAGGCAUUCACCUGAUUCAAAUGAAUUCUUUUCUAAUAGAAGUGUUAAUGUUCUAUACAGCAGUUUUAGAGAUGAAUUAUUUCCUUUGACAAAUUAAUAUAGGGAGGGCUGUUUGUAUUAGCCAUGUAUCUAGUGAAAAACAGAAUUCUGAUCCAACUAAGAAGACUUUCAUGGCAGACUUACUACAGUGGUUUGGCCAGAAACAAGGGAUAUUGAAGCACCUAGAGAUUAGUGUCCCCGGGAGGCCAUUACCAUUCUAAGUCCAUAAGGGCAAAGGAUGAAAGCAGGUGUUAACCAGAGCCCAGUAAGACCUGCUGCUCUUGUGGAGGAGGGGCCGUCUCAUAGGAGAUAUUGUCAUCUCCAAAAUUAUGGACCACAUUCCUGGAACCCAAUCAGAUGCCAUCUGCAGGUGAGCCCACAUGGGCACAGAGAAAGUAGGGGGAAGGUCUGGGUGGAGCUAUUGUUGAAUAGCCAGCACAGUGUUCUUUAUUCCUGUAAAUUCCUAUAUAAUGGCCUAGUAUUAGAAAUAAAAUUAUUCUUCUAGUUGAAAGUUAAGUAUUUCUGCUUCAUUGUGCUUUUAUGUUGUCAUAAGUAAAUUCCUUUUGGAACUGAGCUCUGUGGCAGGUACGUCUCUCGUUUGAUAUAUGUGAAGCAGACAUGUUAACUUGAUUAUUCAUAUAACCUCACAUGAUGUUUCUUGUCAUAUGUGGUGUGAGGUUAGCAGCUCUGUGUUCUUCCAAAUAAAUAGCAAGUCCUCUCUGCACUGUUUGAUUAAUUCGUUCUUUUUCUUGUUGGCUUGAUAUGACCACUGGGGUAACUGGUUACCUCUCUAGGUAGCAUAAUAAGAGUAGAUGUUUAACUCUCAUAUUAUAAUAAGUACAUUUUAUGGGAUUUUUAAUUGAAAUAUAAUAUUUUGACAGUAUUUCUGACUGGUAAAAUUCAAAUGCCCAUAAAAUAAGACUCUGGUAUCUUUAUAUGUAGAUAGAUAAGGUUAAGAAAGUGAAAGUAUUAGUUGCUCAGUGUGUCUGACUCUUUGUGACCCUAUGGACUGUAGCCCACCAGGCUCCUCUGUCCAUGAAAUUCUCCAGGCAAGAAUAUUAGCGUGGGUAGCCAUUCCCUUCUCCAGGGAAUCUUCCUGACCCAGAGAUUGAACCUGAGUCUCCUGCAUUGCAGGCAGAUUCUUUACUGUCUGCUCCCUAGGGGAGCCCAUAUAUGUGUUAAUUACAUGGCAAAAGGCCCAGGAUAUAUGCUGCCCAUGCUGUGAGAAGAGGGCAUACAUACUCUUUGGAGUGUAACAGAAGAGUGUUCUUCAGUCUCUACAUGCACUCUUCUGUUACACUCCAAAGAGUAUGUAUGCCCUCUUCUCACAGUAUGGGCCCUGGCAUAAUCAGCAUAGUCCUAGGAAAGCUUAGGAAAUUCCAGUACCCCAUGGGCACAAAUCAUUGCUGCCAUACUUCACCAAGUUCUUCCAUUUUAAGAAAUAUAAUUAAAGACUGACAAGAGCAGAGCUUGUCGUCACUAGGGGCUUCAAGGAAUUCUGAAAACCCUCUUUAUUCUCUAAGGACUUGAGCCUCUUUUGAGGGGUUAGACAACUGAGAACUUUUGGCCUGUGUGUUAUUGAAAGUAAGUUCAGGAUAAGACCAUCUCUUUUACAUAGGGAUAACCUCCCCUAUUUUGUAGAUGAGGAUUCUGAGCCCAGAGAGCAUCAACCAUUCCAUACUCUAGACUCCAAACAUGUUCAGGGUGGCAUGAAAAAUAUUAAACCUCACUUCUCCACCUCCCCAAGUAUCUGAGGGGAACCUGCUCUCAAACAGUGUGUGUCCAAGAGUAGACACCAGUUCCUCAUUGUCUGGAAGACAAGCCUGAGUGUGAAAGGAGGGGCAGGCUGGGAAAGGGGAGACUUAGUUCCUCAGACAAAAGGGAGGGAUUUGAGAUUAUGUACUUAAAGCUUAUGUAGUGGCUACUGCAACUCAUACAUUCUUCUAGUAAUAUAACCUAUUCUUGUGUACAUGGAGUUGGCAUUUACCUCAGAUGAUAUCAUCUCUUCCUGACCCCAUGUCUGUAUUCAUCCAGGAAUAAUCCUUUGUUAAAAAUAAGGCAAUGA